AAGAAUAUUUUUAAAAGCAUCUCCCAAACGGCCUAUUUCUCUCUCUCUCUCUCUCUCCGCAAAAUCCUCUCUCUCUAAAUCUGCGGAUUACAAAGAUUUUGUCCUAUAUUUUCUUGGGUUGUUGAUAUAUAUCCCAAUAAAUGUGAAAAUUACUUCUUUCACAUUUACUGAGUGUCUCGUCUGUCACCUACACACACACCCCACUUCUACUUACACUCACACUCGCACGCACUCCCUUUUGAGGGAAUGCACUGACUCUGCAACAAAUAGCAUCAGCAUCAGUAUCAGCACCAGAAGAAGUGGAACAAAAUGCUGAAUUUUUUGAUCAGAAAAGAUGUCAGGAAAAUUCUCAAGCGCAAGGACAGUGAUGCUGGUGAAAGAGGUAGAGCCUUGGAGGAAUUACGUGCCUCUAUGUUCAGCAAAUUACGGUUAAUCGAUGGUGCCAAGCGUCAACAGCAAUCUCUAUGGGGACCAACUGUUGCUCUUACAUUCAACUUUUUGGUUUCUGUUAGUAUUAUCUUGAUGAACAAAUUGGUACUUGUCAGGGUUGGAUUUAAUUAUCCAAUAUUCUUGACUUUUAUUCACUACGUAGUUAGUUGGUUGAUAAUGGCACUUUUAAAAACUCUGUCAAUUCUCUCCCUAUCUUCUCCACCCAAGUCGACAAAAUACUCAUCAUUGUUAUCACUCGGUAUAGUUAUGUCUCUCUCCACUGGUCUUGCCAAUGUUAGCUUGAAAUAUAACAGUGUCGGAUUUUACCAGAUGGCUAAGAUUGCUGUGACGCCUGCUAUAGUUUUAGCUGAAUUCCUUCUCUUCCGGAAAAGAAUUUCAGUGCAAAAGGUACUUGCACUAACUGUAGUAUCCAUCGGUGUCGCUGUUGCUACUGUGACCGAUCUUCAGUUUCAUUUUUUCGGUGCUUGCAUAGCAGUAGCAUGGAUUAUACCAAGUGCAGUUAAUAAAAUACUGUGGUCGAAUCUUCAACAGCAAGACAACUGGAGUGCCCUGGCGCUAAUGUGGAAAACAACACCUAUUACAUUGUUCUUCCUGGUUAUGAUGAUGCCAUCACUGGACCCUCCUGGUGUCCUUUCUUUUGAUUGGAACUUCUACAACAGUGCUACUAUUGGUGGUUCCGCUGUUCUCGGCUUCUUGCUUCAGUGGUCUGGUGCUCUAGCUCUUGGGGCGACCUCUGCAACGACCCAUGUCGUUCUUGGACAGUUCAAAACUUGUGUCAUUCUUCUGGGAGGCUUUCUUCUCUUUGGUUCAAAUCCCGGGCUAACAAGCAUUCUGGGAGCCGCCACAGCUCUCAUCGGUAUGUCUUUCUACACGUACCUCAACUUGCAAUCACGGCAGCAAUCAGCCAAAGUAUCACCGAGGCAAUCUGCUUUGCCAUUGUUAUCAAAAUCCAAGCUCAGCAAAGAAAACGGUGACUCCCACGAUGGAGGUGGUGGAGAGGAGCACGUCUGAUAUGCCGUCAAGAACCGCAACUGUCGUCUACUGGUGAAGCCUUUCAUCAAACUCCAAUUUUGAACAGACUCUACAUCUGUUGGUUUCUAGACAUGAUUAACGGCCCUAGCUAACCUUUUGACAUUCUCAUAAUUAUGUCUGAGUACUGAAUUU